AUGACUAGUAGAACGGCAAUAGGUGUUGAUUUGGGUACGACAUAUUCAUCUGUCGCUGUACUUCAAUAUGGUAAUGUUGAAAUCAUUGCUAAUGAACAUGGUAAUAGAAGAACACCAUCAUAUAUUGCAUUUACCAAGAGUGGUCGUUUAAUUGGUGAUGAAGCUAAAAGUCAAGUAGCAUUGAAUCCAAAUAAUACAAUUUUCAAUGCUAAACGACUUGUUGGUCGUAAAUUUAAUGAUCUUACUAUUCAAGUUGAAUAUAAAAAUGAAACGAAAUUAUUAACACCUGAAGAAAUAUUGUCAAUGAUAUUAGCAAAAAUGAAAAAUAUAGCAGAAGCUAACCUUGGUAAAAUAGUUUCCGAAGCUGUUAUUACUGUUCCAGCUUAUUUUAAUUAUUCACAACGUCAAGCAAUAAAAGAUGCUGGUGUUAUUGCUGGUCUUAAUGUAUUACGUAUUCUAAGUGAAUCAACAGCUGCUGCUUUAGCUUAUGGCUUCGAUAAACGACUUAGCACUCAACGAAAUAUAUUGAUUUUUAAUUUGGGUGGUAGUACUUUUAAUGUAUCAAUUUUAAUAAUUGAAGCAGAUGUAUAUAAUGUCAAAUCAACAGUCGGUGAUCUACAUUUAGGUGGUGAAGAUUUUGAUAAUAGAAUGGUUGCACACUUUGUGCAAGAAUUUAAACGCAAAUAUAAUAAAGAUUUAUCGCAAAAUAAAUGUGCUCUUCGUCGUUUACGUACUGCUUGUGAAUCUGCUAAACAUAUGCUAUCGUUGUUACCUCAAGCACCAAUUGAAAUCGAUUCAAUACACGAAAGUAUUGAUUUCUAUUCAACAAUACCUCGUGCAUGUUUUGAAGAACUUAAUGAGGAUUUAUUUCAUUCAACACUUGAAUUUGUUGAAAAAGCUUUAUAUGAUGCUAAAAUGGAUAGAGCAAGUAUAGAUGAAAUUGUACUUGUUGGCGGUUCAACACAAUUAAAUAAAUCAAUUAAUCCUGAUGAAGCUGUUGCUUAUGGUGCAGCUGUAUUAACAGCUAUAUUAACUGAUGAUAAAUCUGAAGCAGUUAAAGAUAUACUUUUAGUUGAUGUUGCACCAGUUUCAUUGGGUGUUGAAACUGCUGAUGAUUUUAUGACAACUUUAAUUAAACGUAAUACAACCAUUCCAAUAAAACUAACACAAACAUUCACAACCUAUUUGGAUAAUCAAUCAUGUGCUAAUGUUAGAGUUUUUGAAGGUGAAAGUUCAAGAGCAAGAGAUAAUCAUCUAUUGGGUAAUUUUGAACUAUAUGGUAUUUCCCCAGCUCCAAGUGGUGUACCAAAUAUUGAAGAUACAUUUAAUAUUGAUGCUAAUGGUAUAUUAAAUGUCUCAGCUGUUGAAAAGUCAACUGAUCGUGAAAAAAAAAUAACAAUAACAAAUAAUAAUGGGUAUUUAUCUAAAGAUGAAAUUCAACGUAUGAUUGUUGAUGCUGAACAAUAUAAAAAAGAAGAUGAAAUACAACAUGAUCGUACUGAAGCUAUGAAUUCACUUGAAUCAUAUUGUUUUAAUAUAAGGACAAAAAUUAAUGAUAAAAAAUCAAUAGAUACAUUUCAUCCCAGGUCCAUCAUUCAGGCAGUCUGA